CGUUGAGGAUCAGGGAGGGGCUGGUUUGUUGACAGGAAGUGUGUGAGAACUGAAAGCAGGAGGAAAACUGUGGACUUUUGCGCUUCGAUAAGUCGCAACGUCGAAGUGAAUUAUGCCUUUUAAGGCCGACAGCAGGCAAAGAUGCAAUGGAGGUCAAUAGUCGUGGGUCUUCUCGUUUUGAGGGUGCUGCUGAAUUGCGCCGUGUGGCUAGUGUUUGGACUGGGACCCAGCUGGGGCUUUGACUUCCCCAUUAAAUUCACGUUCAACUUGCAUAAGAUUGAACUUCUGAAGGAUGGCGACGGAGCCACCGUCAAAACAAACGCCUGGUCACAGCACAUGUACGAUAGCAGAGACCCUCAAGCAAAGACCUGCUCCAAGAUCAGUGGGAAUUCACCAAAGAAAUCCUACCUCAGCUUCUUUCAGGAGGGCAGAGAUGAAUAUGAUAGAAAGUACAGCUCCUUCCCGGACGCGCUGAAAGUGAAGAUGAGGGGAAUGGCCCGAGACAUGUUUUAUUUCGGAUAUGAUAACUACAUGAAGUUCGCCUUUCCAGAAGAUGAACUCAACCCUAUAGCUUGUGAAGGUCGAGGGCCUGACGUUCUUAACCCAUCAAAUAUCAACAUCAACGAUGUCCUUGGAAACUACUCUUUGACCCUCAUCGAUGUUCUUGAUACGCUGUUGGUUCUUGGAAACGUGACAGAGUUCCAUCGAGCUGUUAAACUUGUGAUUGACACGGUCUCCUUCGACAAGGACUCCACUGUUCAAGUCUUUGAAGCCAACAUUAGAAUUCUUGGCAGUUUGAUCUCAGCCCAUAUUCUGUUGACUGAUCCACGGCACCCAUUUGGGGACAUAGCGCUGAAAGACUAUGACAAUGAGCUGCUGCACUUGGCACAUGACCUGGCUGUUCGACUACUACCUGCCUUUGAGAACACUAGCACAGGCAUCCCUUAUCCCAGGGUGAAUUUAAAGAAAGGUGUCCCUCCUGACAGCAUUAAUGAGACCUGUACAGCAGGGGCUGGGUCUCUGCUUGUGGAGUUUGGCAUUCUGAGCCGUCUGAUUGGCGACUCUACAUUUGAGUGGGUUGCACGGCGUGCUGUCAAAGCUCUGUGGAACUUGAGAAGCAAUGAAACUGGUUUGUUGGGAAAUGUGGUGAACAUUCAGACUGGUCAGUGGGUUGGAAAGCAGAGCGGUGUUGGUGCCGGCAUGGACUCGUUCUAUGAGUACCUCCUCAAGUCUUACAUCUUGUUUGGAGAGAAAGAAGACUACAGGAUGUUCACUGCAGCUUACGAGAGCAUUCAGAGCCACCUGAGAAGAGGAAGAGAGGCAUGUAAUGAAGGAGAGGGUGAUCCACCACUCUAUGUGAAUGUAAACAUGUUUAAUGGACAGAUCAUAAACACAUGGAUUGACUCUCUGCAGGCAUUCUUCCCUGGACUACAGGUUUUGAAUGGAGAUGUUGAAAAUGCCAUUUGCCUUCAUGCUUUCUACUAUGCAAUCUGGAAGCGUUUCGGAGCUCUUCCGGAAAGAUACAACUGGCAGCUUCAGGCCCCAGAUGUACUCUUCUACCCUUUAAGACCAGAACUUGUAGAAUCCACAUACCUUCUCUAUCAGGCAACCAAGAAUCCUUUUUAUCUUCAUGUUGGGAUGGACAUUCUUGAAAGCCUUGAGAAAAAUACCAAAGUCAGGUGUGGUUAUGCCACUCUCCAUCAUGUGGUGGAUAAGUCCAAAGAAGAUCGCAUGGAAAGUUUCUUCCUUAGCGAAACCUGCAAAUACCUUUACCUGCUCUUUGAUGAAGACAACCCGCUGCACAAGUCUGAGAGUAAGUACAUCUUCACUACAGAAGGCCAUGUAGUGCCGAUAGAUCAGCGCUUCAGGGAGAAAAGUUGGGAAGACCAAUUUCCAUGUGAAGAGCCUAACAAUGAGCCCCCAGCCAACAUAAGCAACUGUGAAAGGAUUCCUGAAGAGCGACGUUAUGGCCUUCCGCUAAAGAGCAUAUACAUGAGGCAAAUAGACCACAUGGUGGGGCUGUCCUGACAACAGUACUGUCCCUGGACAUCUCAACACAUAUAAACCCCCUGGAGGGGUUUAAUAACUCUCCAGCCAGAGAACUUUUCACAUGUCUCUUUUUGCACAUGAAGUGGUCAACAAAUUAACCAGUACCAGUUGUGUGUUUUUUUUUUUUUUUUUUUUUUUUGGACAUUGUUGUCUUCUGUAAGUCUGUUGUCUUAAUUUGGACCAGGUGUUUGGGUUUGGCUACAUACUCUGAUAUAGCCAGCAAAGGCCCACAGCAUUAAAAGACACAUUCAGGGCAGUUUGGCUCUUCAGAAUCCUAAAAUCCUUUGCCAAACUGCUUUUGAUACUUUGGGCUGAUCGAUUUGUUUAUUGUGCAAUCGAGUGUGUUUACACACACUGUUACGCGUUUUCUUCAGUGCCAUGUUUAAUGAAACUUGAUCUAGUAUUAUAAAGGGCUCUACUGGGUUGAGAUGGUAUGCAUGUUUCAGAUUUUCUUCUCAAGGGACAAGCUCUCAAAUAAGCUUUGUAUUUCAAAAACAGUUGUUUUAUACAUUUUUCAGGAACACACACACACAACAGAUGGGCUUCAUUUAAUACAAAUCAGACUGCAUUCUGCAAAAAAAAUAAUUUUGCAAUAUGACAUAUUUUCAUACUUUGUGCCUUGGUUUGCAAGGUGUAGAACACUGUGGCCUGUUUUCUUCUUUUGUUUAGUUUUUUGCAUGAUUCCACAUUUCCAGUUGUACCCUUUCUGUUUUUCUGCUGUCAGUGUAUUGUCAUAAAAUUAGAAAGGUUUUGUUAUGUAGCAUACAUGUUUGGUAAGGUUCAAGAUCUCCACUCACAUGUUGUUUGGACAGAGCUAACCUCAUAAUUUGGUACAUUUUUACACAGCAGGUCGAAUAAGUGCUGUAGAUUUUCUCUCAAUUAGGUCUGUUUUGUAUGUCAACAAACAUUGACAUUUAUUGGACCAAAUAUUACAUUUAACAAAAAUCAUGUGCCUUUAACUAAUUUAAUUUUUCUUCAGUCCUCAGGAUCAGUAGUAUGCCAUAAUGCUGUCACUCAGAGGUGAUAUGCAUGUGCUCUUAUUAAUGUUGUAAGUAAUGUUGUUAACUCUUCUAAUGCUUAGAUGUUGAUGCAAAUGUUUCACGAACAAAAGUCUAAAAUGAGGGAUUCUCAGAAUGAUCAGUAUGCUUAUAAGAAAAGAAUUAAUUUCUUUGAUAUUACAGAUUAUAAUUUUCUUUGGUGCACAUACAGAGGAUACUCUGAGUAAAUAGGGGUUGAUAUUUAUUUAGAUUUGGUUUUAUCAGACGCAAGUAUUCUAAUUAAAGUUGGUUAGAUUUA